AUGGAUCCUAUCGUGUCUCCGAAUACGCUCGCAGAAACUUCGUCUCCCGAUCGUCACGCCUCGAGCGUUUCACGCGGACUCACUCAGCGCGACGAGCAACGACAGCAGGUCGAUCGCAAGAUUCACGACUUGUGUCUACAAGCACAAAGAAUCUUGGGUCUGUUCCGGUCAACGGACCCUCAGUAUCCACCGGGCACGAACUCAGACGCGCUACUCCUUGAGCUCGAUAAUGCCAUCUCAUGCUCACCACCAGCAGAUGUCGCCGGACAAGAACAUCGUAUACGACUCUCAUCUCUGGGCUGCGAAGCGAUGGUAAAUCUCCGCGACCGGCUCAGAUUACUUCACGAGGAGCGCAAUUCGCUAGCCCCGAUUUCCCGACUGCCCAACGAAAUUCUCAUGUUCGUCUUCGUGUUUUGUGUUUCCCGUACCGAGCACGAUUUCAAGUACGACUCCCGCUCCGUGACCUUGUUCCCGUACACACACGCAUUCGCCAACGUCUGUCGAUUCUGGCGACAGCUCGCACUCAACCUGCCCUCUGUCUGGACACACGUUCCCCGUUCCUCGCUGCAGUUGACCCGGACCUUUUUAUCGAGGUCGAGGAACUUUCCGCUGUUUCUGAAUAGCUCGUUAUCGUACCUGGCGACUACGGAUCCAGAAGCCCAAGAUUUGGCGCUCUCUCAUUUAGGACGCGCGCGUAUGCUGGACUAUAACUACUUCGUCGUCGCGGGCCACGAGGCAAUUCUUUCUUCCCGCGCCCCCUUACUUACCUUGUGUCGUCUUCAUGCCGGAUUGAAUAAGAAUGGAGGGCGAUUACCAGACAACUUCCUAGGCCGCGAUUCGCCGCACCUUCGCACCCUCAGCCUGGAGGGAAUAUCUUUUGAUUGGGACUUGAUGCGUUGUGCUUCCCUUUUUCAGAACUUGAGGAAACUAUCUCUCUUGCAACUGCGCGCGAAUUCAUUCCCCACUGCUGAGCAACUGGUGACGGCUCUUCAGAAGAUGCCGUUGUUACAGGAUAUCCUUAUAAUAGCAGCGCACAAAGAGGUGUUGUUGCCCAUCGAAGGGUGUUCGGUCGUGGUGGUCUUGCAACGCUUGACAAAACUCACACUGCACGCCCCAGUCUCGCACGUCUGCGAUCUGCUCGACCAUAUCCGUGUUCCUUCCUGUACUAGAGUGAGCCUCGACCUCUACCACUCCGAAUCCGACCUCGACAACGGUCCCUCCCUGAUGGCUUUCCUUGACCGGCAUUGCACCUUCAAAGGCGAUGGACCCCCUCUGCGAUCCAUAAGUUACAGGCUAUAUAACGAGAAGGAAAUCGAGUUCUGGGUGCACACCGAUAACGACGAGUUUUCUGAGUCUCAGCUGCUGAUCCUGAAUCUCUCUCUGUUCGACUCGAGAGGGCUGCUCACCCCUGUCGUCCGCAGGUUACUGCUCGGGGGAAUCGGCCUCGUGAGGAUGAUUGUGGAGGGGCACUGGGACUACAAGAUGACCGAGGUCGAGGCUAUGAUCAACCUCAUCCUCACCCGGUGCUCUUCGGCAACGACGAUCGAGCUGGAGAACAUCACUGCUUGCGAAUUCGCCGUCCAGUUGCUGUUGGGCUUCACCUCGAGCACCAGCCCUGACGUUACUCCCGUCAUCCCUGAUCUGCUGCCAUCGCUGCGGCGGAUGUAUAUGAACCUCCAUGGACAUAGGUCCAUCCCUCAGUUUCGCGUUUUGUUGCCGAGACUGCUGGCUCUGAGGACCGGUAUGGAGCUCGAUAUCGUCGGAGCCAACAGACUGAAGGAGGAGUACGUGGAGAGGCUCCGCGAGAUUGCGGAUCGUCCCGAGCUUGUGAAGGUGUCGAUUUUAGAGGGGAGCGACUACGAUCCCGACUGUCGGGAGUUUGGGGGUGGGGGGUCGCACGUGGGAGAUGGGGAAGAAGAAUGGGACGAAAGCUCGGAUGGAGGAGAAGAGGACUCGGACGCCGGCUCAGGCUCGGAUGGGGCUGCGGAGGGGACGUUGGCCGAAGUCUUGGAUGCAUAG